CGCCGGCCCGGGGAUUCCACCGCCGUUGGCGCCCUUUUCCCAGAGGGCCUUGCGAGGCGAGCCGUUGCUAAGCAGCGGGAAGCGACCCCGGGGCCUACUUCGGGCCCGGGGGGGAAGAUGAAGCAGAAGAAGCCCAAGAGCGGCCCGGCUCGGACCAAACCUGGACGCAAAGCGAAGGGCCUUUGCAAUGUCUCCCCCUCCACCAGUUUGCCGCCCCUGGUAGAAGGCCAGCUGCGUUGCUUUCUGAAACUGACCGUCAGCAAAAUCUUGUGGAUGGUGACCAAACCUCCAGCUUCCGUCGUCGUCCGGGUGAGGUGGUGGGGAGAAACUUCGGACGGGACCGUCUUUAUUCCCCGGGGCACUUCUCAGGCGGAACAGAAAACUUUUAAAACCACCACCUGCUACCCUGUUCGGUGUGGCCCAAAGCAGUUCAUCUCCUACCUGACAGAUAUGGGUGUCCUUGUACUGGAAGUAAUGACCAGAACGGACCACCUUCCCAUCGGGCGUGUCCAGAUCGGGGGGCUCUCACAGCUGUCCCCGAGUCAUCCGAUCAGUGGCUUUUUCACCAUCGUGUCCCCAACGUCUGAGAAGACAGGAGAACUUCAGGUGUCGCUUGCUCUGGAACCCCUGUCUGAAACCUAUGACAGCAACAGCUCCGUUCCAAACACAGAUGUGAGCUUCAGUAGUCACUUGCCGGCCCCGGGAACCAAAGAGGCCACCGAUUCCAGCCACUAUCUUGCCCCAUCUCAGCUGAACAGACCCCCCGGCGGGAGCAUCGUUGGCAGAGAAUCCAUCAGCAGUAGCAGGGCCCCUACACCAAGGGGGAAGGACCAUUUGUACUUCUCAGAGAAUGCUGAGCCCCCCGGCGAAGGCUUUGCUCCAGGGCAGAAGGACCCCUCGACCGUGACUGCUUAUAAGCAAACAGGCCUGUUUCCCAGUGGCUCUGAUCACGAGGCCCAAGUCAGACGAGGCGUGGAAAACCCAAAUCCGGUCCACGUUCUUUCUUUGCACAACCCAGUCUCAAAAGACCUCCUUUCAGCUCUCUUGGAUCGCGGCAAUAAGCUUCGGAACGCCAUGGUUGCAUCCGCUAUGAAAUCCAGUCCUGAUUCUGACAUUGAAUUGUAUGGAGCUCAUCCUUCCAUAAAGCCAGAAGAUCCUAGAGCAUCAGGAAAGAAUCUGAAAAACCUGAACUCUGUCCUCUUACCGGCUGGCGAGGAUCCCCUUCAACCACUACCUGACAUCUCGGGAUUUGAUCUGCAUACUGAAAACAGAGCAAUCGAGCUCCUGCUAGGCAGGUCCGACAUUCCCCCCGUAAGUCUCCUGGAUGGCUCCCCUCCAGACUCGGUGUCCCUUGGGAGCGAGGCGUACGGCAGCGAGCUGAACGAUCCCCACUACGACCAGAGCCUGCUCGAGAACUUGUUCUACACAGCUCGGAAGUCCGACAGCAGCUUAAGCGACUUCCUCAGCGAUGAGGAAAACCCCACCUCUUGUGAAAAACACAUCAAAAUCCAGAAGUCGCAGAAUGUCUCCGAGUCUGGUUCUGUGGGGCAGAAAGGGAAGGCUGUGGAGACAAACGUCAGUUCUCCUGCCAGGCCUCUUCACGAGCCACACGUGGAACCAGCGGGAGAAGCGGCGCACGCAGUCAACUUGAGUCUCGACAGGCUGGCGACGCUGGGCCGGAUCCAUGUGGCCAGAGUGGUGGUCGAGAGUCUGAAGGUCCCCCUGGAAGCCGGCACUCAGAACACCCCCGGCAAAAAAAGCUCCGUGGGGAAGCCCCCCAAGCCAGCUUCGGCUCCAAAACGGACAUUUUUUGUCGAGUACCACUUUCCAGUGAAAGCUACAAAGAACGGAAUAGGGCAGGUUGCGGUAACAACAGAAAUCAUUCGGGUCGCUUCGAGUAAAAUCUCAAAUGAAGUGGUGAAGUUUCAACAGCGGUAUGUGUUCCCCAUCCAGUUCAGCGGAACAGUGAUCACCCACUGGUGGAACUCGGACCUUGCGUUUAAUAUCUACUUGAAAAAAGGCACGCAAAGGAAGCCGUCGCUGAUUGGCUCUGCAGCUUUUCCUCUGCGAGACGUAAUUCAGUCCGAGCAGCUAGCCGUCAGUCGUGAGUUGCCCGUGGAAGAAGAAGAUGGUGUGGCUCAGCUGGGACCUUUGAAGGUGUCGUUGGAGCUUGCCGCUGACAGCAAAGAUUUCUCCAGCACCGGUACCGUGCCAGCAAAAGUGGGGUCGCAAGCCCCAGUUUUCUCUGUCCGAAGCCCUGCAGGAAAGUUGAAAGAGGUCCCAGGGGCCGUCACGCCUGCCAAAAGCCCUCCGCUCCCAAAGCAGACCAGGUGCCAGCUCCACACCAAGACCCAAGAGGCUUUGCCCUCAGCUUCAGAAAAACUCCGCGUGGGGGCGAAUCAGCAGCCGGGGCCGACGCCCGUGACCCGUAACUUGUUGGCCCAGGUGAGCGUGGCAGAAGAGGAGGCUUUGCUGCUGCACGUCCUGCUGAUGGUGCCGGAAGGGAAGGACUUGGCCCCUGCAGACGCCGGCCUCCACGGCUCUUGCAACGUCUAUUUAAACUGCAAGCUCUUCAGUACAGAAGAAGCAACAAGAUCGGCUGUAGUGUGGGGUACAAGGCACCCCACCUUUCACUUUUCUCAGGUCACACCGAUUUCCCUGAUCUCGAAGCACCUGGAGACUCUCUUGGAUCGCGGCAAUAAGCUUCGGAACGCCAUGGUUGCAUCCGCUAUGAAAUCCAGUCCCGAUGCUGACAUUGAAUUGUAUGGAGUUCAUCCUUCCAUAAAGCCAGAAGAUCCUAGAGCAUUAGGAAAGAAUCUGAAAAACCUGAAUUCUGUCCUCUUACCGGCUGGCGAGGAUCCCCUUCAACCACUGCCUGACAUCUCGGGGUUUGAUCUGCAUACUGAAAACAGAGCAAUCGAGCUCCUGCUAGGCAGGUCCGACAUUCCCCCUGUAAGUCUCCUGGAUGGCUCCCCUCCAGACUCGGUGUCCCUUGGGAGCGAGGCAUACGGCAGCGAGCUGAACGAUCCCCACUACGACCAGAGCCUGCUCGAGAACUUGUUCUAUACAGCUCGGAAGUCUGACAGCAGCUUAAGCGACUUCCUCAGCGAUGAGGAAAACCCCGCCUCUUGUGAAAAACACAUCAAAAUCCAGAAGUCGCGGAACGUCUCCGAGUCUGGUUCUGUGGAGCAGAAAGGGAAGGCCGCGGAGACAAACGUCAGUUCUCCUGCCAGGCCUCUUCAUGAGCCGCACGUGGAGCCAGCGGGAGAAGCGACGCACGCGGUCAACUUGAGUCUCGACAGGCUGGCGACGCUGGGCCGGGUCCAUGUGGCCAGAGUGGUGGUCGAGAGUCUGAAGGUCCCCCCGGAAGCCGGCACUCAGAACACCCCCGGCAAAAAAAGCUCCAUGGGGAAGCCCCCCAAGCCAGCUUCGGCUCAAAAACGGACAUUUUUUGUCGAGUACCACUUUCCAGUGAAAGCUACGAAGAACGGAAUAGGGCAGGUUGCGGUAACAACAGAAAUCAUUCGGGUCGCUUCGAGUAAAAUCUCGAAUGAAGUGGUGAAGUUUCAACAGCGGUAUGUGUUCCCCAUCCAGUUCAGUGGAACAGUGAUCACCCACUGGUGGAACUCGGACCUUGCGUUUAAUAUCUACUUGAAAAAAGGCACGCAAAGGAAGCCGUCACUGAUUGGCUCUGCAGCUUUUCCCCUGCGAGACGUAAUUCAGUCCGAGCAGCUAGCCGUCAGUCGUGAGUUGCCCGUGGAAGAAGAAGAUGGUAUGGCUCAGCUGGGACCUUUGAAGGUGUCUUUGGAGCUUGCCGCUGACAGCAAAGAUUUCUCCAGCACCGGUACCAUGGCAGCAAAAGCGGGGUCGCAAGCCCCAGUUUUCUCUGUCCGAAGCCCUGCAGGAAAGUUGCAAGAGGUCCCAGGAGCGGUCACGCCUGCCAAAAGCCCUCCGCUCCCACAGCAGACCAGGUGCCAGCUCCACACCAAGAUCCAAGAGGCUUUGCCCUCAGCUUCAGAAAAACUCCGCGUGGGGGCGAACCAGCAGCUGGGGCCGACGCCUGUGUCCCGUAACUUGUUGACCCAGAUGAGCGUGGCAGAAGAGGAGGGUUUGCUGCUGCACGUCCUGCUGAUGGUGCCGGAAGGGAAGGACUUGGCCCCUGCAGACGCCGGCCUCCACGGCUCUUGCAACGUCUAUCUAAACUGCAAGCUCUUCAGUACAGAAGAAGCAACGAGAUCGGCUGUCGUGUGGGGUACAAGGCAACCCGUCUUUCACUUUUCUCAGCCAUUUGGCUCGCUCGCUCGCCUGCCCCCCUGCUCGCCCCCCGCCCGCUCAACCCCACUCCCCCACCUGCUUUCCCGCCUGCCCACUCGCCGCUUGCUUGCUCCCCCGCUCGCUCGCUUGCCCUCCCCCCCGCCCCCCCUGCUCGCUUGCUCGCCCCCCCGCUCACUUUCCCGCCCCCGCUCGCCUGCCCGCCCGCUCCCCCGCCUACUCGCUCGCCCCUCGCUCACCCGCUCGCCCCCCGCUCGCUUGCCCGACCGCCUGCUUGCUCACCCGACCGCCCCCUGCUCACUUGCCCGCUCGUUCGCCCCCCACCCGCCCGCCCGCUCGCUCACUUGCCUGCCCGCUCGCUUGCCCCCACUCGCUCCCCCGCCCGCUCGCCCCCGCUCCACUCGCUCUUCAGAUUUUGGAGAGAGGCCUGAAGGCACCUUUGUUUCUCCUUUCCCCUGUUCUCCAGGCUUGCUGGAUGUCAGCGUAAAGUACAGGUGCUCCCUCAAAGCGGCCACAGGAGUCCUCACAGCUCAGGCUGUUUCCAUUUCUGUUCAGAUAUGCCGAGCAGCCGGUUUGCAAGCAGCUGCCAGGGCGUUGGCUGAAAAGAACCCUUCGCUACAAUACAGCGCAGAUGUCGGCGUAAAUGCCUACGUGACGGUGCGCCUCCCUUUCCUCCCUGAAGGAGAGAGGCGUAGCACGCGCACCGUGGGGCGCACUUUCUGCCCAGAGUUUGACCACCAUGCCGAGUUCCCGUGCAACCUCGUGGUGCAGAGAAGCAGCGGUGAAUCGUGUUGCCUGGGGGAGCUCUUGCAGUAUUCGGAGGCCGUCUUCUCCAUCUUCCACCAGAACUUGAAUUCAGCUCCUGGAACAUCACAAACUCAGGCUUCAAGAGAUUACCUGCUGGGAACAGUUAAAGUGCCAACCAAAGAGCUUCUAUUCAGAAGAUCGGGCAUCAGAGGCUGGUACCCAGUCACUCUUCCAGAGGACCUGACCCCUCCUCAUUCCACCAGCGUGGUUCAAGCCGUCGCCGGGGGUCUGGAUCUUACCGUGACCUUUGCUCACCCCGGGGACCGGGAGCGUGUUCUGGAUGCUGCCGCCCUCUUAGGUUGGAAUUGGGAGGGCACCCUUGGAGGAAAUCCACAGGACAACAGUGACAGCGAAUCUGCUCUUCCUUCAAAUCCUGCCCUCCUAACCAUUUCGAUUCCUAGACUGUGGCUGCCAGUGCAGUGCCUGUUACUCGCAGGACAGGCGCAGGUCAACAAAAGCACCUAUUGCUACCUUCGCUACAAACUUUACGAUCGAGAAGCCGCGUGGACGUCCCUACGAAGGCCAAGGUUAGCUGAAGACCAAAAACACACGACCGUUGCCUUUAAGAGCAAGCAGGUUGAGCUCCCAAGGAGCCAAGGACUGUGGUGGUACUUCCGGGAGGAGAGGCUGGAGUUCCAGGUGUGGCGCGCUUACGGGAACGAAAGGCACACCGAAAGACCUCUGGACACUGACCGCCUGAUUGGGUCGGCGUACGUGGACCUCACUGCCCUUGGGGAGGAUUCAGGAACUAAGAGAACCGUCAGUGGUGUCUACCCCUUAUUCCGACGCAACGCUUCAAACCUGUUCGGAGCCGCUGUGCGAAUUCACAUUGCGCUUGCGUCCACUACCCCCUGCAGCCUCGAACCCGCUGAACAUGGUGGCAGUAGCAGCAGCGAGUACGAGGAAGCGAGGAAGGGGCCCUCGGCUGGCCAGCAAGACUUGGAAUCUCUCAGCCACAGGCUGGAUCCCUCAGCCGUGGGGGCUUCCACUGAGAAAUCCCCCGAGGAAUCUCCUCCCGCAGUGGAUCCCCAGGAGUCUUUUGCUGUUAGUAUCCUUGUGGAAAGAGCCAUGCAUUUAAGCCUGAAAGGAAGCCCCCUCACCGAACGCGGAGUGACGGCUCCCAGCAGCUACGUGUCAUUCGCGACCGCCGACCCUGACAGCCCUAACGCCACCGAAAUAGUGGAGGAAACUGAUUCGCCCGUUUGGGAUUUUCAGCGGCAGACCAGGCUCUCCAAAGAACUCCUUUUGGAUCCCCAGCAAACUCUGGUCUUCAAAGUGUGGCAUAAAGCAGAUGCUGAACGAGUGAUCGGCUUUGCUUCUGUCGACCUCUCCCCGCUCCUCUCCGGCUUCCAGUUAGUUUGCGGCUGGUACAACAUCGUGGAUUUCAGUGGACAGUGUCGAGGGCAGCUCAAAGUAGCCGUUUCCCCCCUUGAAAGUAUCAUUCAUCUCAAAGAAGAACGACUGGCAAGAACCAGGACAAAAGCCCCGGGAUCAGCAAUCCAAGCAACCAGCCCCUUUGCGUUCCAAGCGAGGGACUUGUGUGCGGGGCUCCCCACGUUUUCCACAAGAGACCACGAAGAACUCUUUAAUCCUUCGUCAAAAGGCACUGAGGCUGCCGAUCAUGAGAGAACCGGAUCCUCCGUUUUCUCCACGCCUCGUCACGAAGAACACGUAAAGAACAUCCGCCGCUUCCACGAGUCUUUGCAGCAAGCGGAAGGGAACGCCCACCGAGCGGGGAGGCUGGAUUCCCUUUCCCAGUCCUCGCGCACUUCCCUUCUUCGGGCUCUCAGAAAAAACCUGAGCGAGCUGGAUGAAAUCAAGAGGUACUUCAGUCAAAAGCUCACCCGGCCGUUCCCUGAUCCGGGCACUCCAGAAAGAAAGGCAGGUGGGCUCAGCAGCAGAUACUCAAGUCCUGCCUCAAAGACGGCGGACCCCGAAAGGCAGCUUCUGUUGGAGAAGUCCAGCCACCUGGUAUCUCAAGUCAGCAAUCUGAUUAACGGCCUGCAGAAUAAUAGAGCAAAAAAUGGCCCGGAACCGUCAGAUGCUUGCGAAGAGUUCUCGUCACGUUUCAGUGCCCUUCUGGACCAGAGAGGGGGAGUGACCCGGACGCCAGAGGGGCCCAGAGACAUCCCGAGGAAUGAAGUCUCGCGCAGCUGUCUGGAUGAAAAGCCAUCCUCCCUCCCAGAAAAGGCCUCCUGUGGACAGGGCAUGCUGUAUGAAUUCCUCGGUCGAGCUGGCUCCCAAAGCGACCCUCCUUUAGACACACACUCUGGUCCCAAAGCAGAAGAGGCUGCGGAGUCCCAGAGCGAGGAGGACUACGAAGAGGAUGUCAUAGAGCCCAGGACGCUCAACGAGCUCACCACCGUGACCGACAAAACCAGCCCCUGGUCCAGCCUCGUCUCUGAAGGGGAGCCGGAUCCUGACCAAGAAGCCAUAGACAUAAAAGAAGCCGGCUGGCCGUACGGCUGUUCAGAGCCUUUACUCGGUGGGGAGCAUGGCAGAAGCGGCUCCUUGUCCGUUGUAACCCAGGAGGAGUCCCUGAGCAUGCCCAGCACGGCUAGAUCCAGCACCGGCCCCUCCGGAGAAGAACGAGGGGGUGAAUGCGAGGGGAAGCGAAACCUUGCAGGCAGCCCCGAAGACAUGCUCUGGUCCGCGCAGGCCUUAGAGGCGGAUCGCUUGAACCAUGGAGAUGCGGAAAAAGAAGAGUCCGGUCGGAAAAGAGCCCUGGAAACCCAAGCAGAAGGGGCUAGCUCUGAACCAGCUGCUUUAUGGAGCGGAGAAGACUCUGCUACGGGUUACGCAGUUGCUCCCGAGAUAGAACCCGAGGCUUUGGGUUUUGACCCUCAAGACGUGGAUGGAGCUGAUACCCCUGAGGAGGAACACCGGUGUUCCCCUGGGUUGUCAGAACCUGCACAGCAUCGGAGUAGCUCUUCCGACGAGGGGGACCAAGAUCAGCCUGAGGACUCGGGUGAACUUCUGCAACCCAAAGCAGUGCUGUCCAACCCUAUUGUGGUUCCCAACUUCUUCCUUCCGCCGCAACAUCUGGAGGCCUCCAUGAGGUUGCUGAGCCUUUCGGCUCCUCCGCCGACCACUGCUACUGAAUCCCAGGGUCCUGAGACAGCGCAGCCUUCACUUAGGUCAGAACAACCCAUCUUACAGGUGUCUCGCCAGCAGAUCGGAAGCAUCGCCGCUCUGCGGGGAGUCCCUCGCCGACAGCGGAACCAUCCCAAGCCAAGCUUGGCGCCGGCUGACCUGCCAGAAGAAGAAACUCAAAGGAUCGCGAGGAUAUUUUCCACGCAGUUCUCCAAACAAUAGAGAACAGCUGAGCACGGCGGAACGGCGAGACCGACUCGAACUCUGUAUCGCCCAGUAGGGUGGGCAAGUAGGCCUUGCUUUGAAAACGGCCUUCUCGGAGGAGCACAUCGGGAGAAGAGGGGUCUUCCCAACCAGCACCUUGUGGCAGAAGACACUGCAGAAAAUGGAUUUCCUUGAGCUGCUGCUAAAAACCCCACAGCUGGUGAAAAAGAGCUAUGAAUAUUAGACAUCAUGCCCCUGGAAUAUUCUUGAUCCACCGGGGAGGGGGCAGGCCCCCUACCCUCCAGAAAGACACGCGGACCGGUUCAAAUAAGCGGUUCAUUUGAUUAUAAGUAUUGGCAGUGACUAGACAGGCCUGUGUCUGGAGGCUGGAUCGGAACCCCUUUCCCCCAGUCCCAUCUAAGCCCUGUCCCUUGUGGGUUAUGUUUAGUUGUUCCCCCAAAACGAAGUUCUUUUGCUUGGGGUGGUCAGUCCUUCCUCUCCUGUGAGAUGUCCGUCGAGGCCCCGGAACAUGUGACCACGGGCCUUUUGGACUCCUCCCUGUGAAAAGGGAGCUCAUUUUCCCAAGGGCCACUCUGUUAUGAGGAGGAGUUACCCUCUUCCCAUAGGCCAGUGGUGGCGAACCUUUGGCACUCCAGAUGUUAUGGACUACA